AUGAAUAAAUCUUUGUUGGGAAAAUGGAUUUGGAAAUGGUUUGAUGAUAAGAUGGAUCUAUGGAAACAAAUAAGUUUCUACAAGUAUUUUGAGAAUAAAAACUGUACUAGUGUAGAUGUGGGGAAUGGAAAUAAAACUCUUUAUUGGCUUGAUAAAUGGACAGGUGCAAAUACUCUAGCUUCUAUGUUUCCUUCUCUUUAUAACAUUGCAUCAUUCCCUUAUGCUACUAUUACCAGGAGGAUAAGAGAAAGUUUUCAAUAUUAUGAUAUGUUGAACAAUAUUAUGCUUAUUAAUUUUGUUCACAGGGAGGAUAAGAGAAAGUGGAUUUGGGAAGCAAAAGACAAGUUUACUGUUAAAUCAUAUUAUCAUUUUCUUAUUGAUGGAGGCUUAAGGUAUGACUGCUUAAAUCUUUGGAAGCUUUCUGUUCCUCUAAAAGUGAAAUUUCUGGUUUGGUUGGCUUUAAGAAGUGGUUUAAACACGAAAAAGAAUUUAGUAAAGAAAGGUGUUCAUAUGGAUGUGCUGUGUUGUUUUUGUUCCAAGUUGGAGGAAAAUCAUCUUCAUCUUUUUGUUAAAUAUAUUUGGAAGAAAUGGAGUGAUGAGAAGUAUGAUAGUGGGAACAUAGAGAGAGAUGUGAUUCUUUGUUCUCUUAUAUGGUGUUCUCAGAUAUCUGAUCGUGCAGCUAGACUACAAGAGAGGAGGAGGAAAGAAGCUGCUUCAGUUGCUGAAAUUUCUUUAGUUUGCACAGCUGGGAGGGUGAUUGAUCUGCUGGAAUGA